CACCAGGUGGCGGGGCAGUCACCAACUCUUCCUCUCCCUCACUCCCAUUUCUUCCCUUCUCUAUAAUCUCUGGAUCCGUGGAGGGUAAAGCGGGGAGUUGUUCGCGGGAGUGCGCACGUCCCAGCGAUCCGCAAGGAGCGGGCACGUCGCCACCAGGAAGUAACGCCGGUCACUCUUCGCUGUUCCUGCGCGUGAAACGGCUCAGCGAGAGCAUAGCUCCCGGAGUCCGGACCUCGACCGGGCUCAUGUGGACGCUUCUCUCCGCCGUGGGCCCGGCCCGAGGGGACCCUUAUCGACUUUUGGUUGAUGUUGAUUAUGUCGUUGGAAGAAAAAAUUGUAGGAUUCUAAUUGAAGAUGAUCAGUCAAUCAGUAGAAGUCAUGCUUUGUUGACUGUCAGACAUUCUGUGACCAACCUGAGUCAGGCUUCUGAAAUCCCUAUAUUGACAAUAAAAGAUAAUUCUAAAUAUGGUACAUUUAUUAAUGAAGAAAAAAUGCAGAAUGGGAUUCCACUACCUUUAAGGACAGGAGACAGAGUUACCUUUGGAGUCUUUGAAAGCAAAUUUAGAGUAGAAUAUGAACCAUUGGUUGCAUGUCCCUCUUGUUUAGAUGUGUCUGGAAAAACUGUUUUAAAUCAAGCUGUUUUACAACUUGGAGGACUUGUUGUAAACAACUGGACAGAAGAAUGUACUCACCUUGUCAUGGUGUCAGUUAAAGUUACUAUUAAAACAAUAUGUGCACUGAUUUGUGGUUGUCCUAUUGUAAAACCAGAUUAUUUUACUGAAUUUCUCAAAGCCAUUCAGACAAAGAAACAGCCUCCAAAACUUGAAAGUUUUUAUCCUCCUAUUGAUGAACCUUCUAUUAAUAAUGAAAAUCUGGAUCUAUCGAGGCGUAAAGAAAGAAAACAAAUAUUCAGUGGGAGAACUUUUAUAUUUUUAAAUGCCAAACAGCAUAAGAAGUUGAGACCUGCAAUUCUUCUUGGAGGUGGAGAAGCUAAAUUGGCAACAGAGGAAGAUAAAGAAGCUGUUUCUUCUUUUUUAACUCCUGGAACAUGUAUUGUUGAUGCAGGAUUAACAAAUUCACAGGUUUUAGUACCUGAUUCUGUGAGAAAAUGGAUCCGUUCAAUUAUGGAUAUGCUUCAAAGCCAGCAUCUUAGAGCCAUCCCUGAAGCAGAAAUUGGAUUAGCAGUUAUUUUCAUGUCCACAGAGACAUAUUGCAAUCCUGGUGCAGGAUUGACUCCAACUCCAAGGCCAAGUCUUUCUCAGAACGUAAUGGUAAAUGAAACCAUAAUGCCAGGCACCACAAUGAAUAUCACAGCAUGUAUACCUGACACAGAAUCAGAACAUGCAGAUACUUGCAUGGAUUUAAGUGAAAGUCCAAAAGAGAGUGAAACUCCCCAAAUGGAACAAAGAUCCAAAGUAUUUUCACAAGAAAUAUUCACUGUAAAAGAGACUCCUAACACAAAUUACAGUGUUAAUUUAGGGACAAAAGCACUUAAUCAUACUACAGUAAAAAUUCCAAAUAAUCAACUUUCCUCAACUCAGACUUCGAGCAGAAAGAAAGAACAGGCUUCUCAGCAACAACAGACUAACUCCAUUAAAAACUAUUUCCAGUCAGUUACAAAGAAAAGGGAAAGGGAUGAAGAAGAGCAAGAAGAGUCUGUGUCCAAAUCUGCAAGAGUAGAACUGUCUUGUUCUCUUUUAGACCAAACACAACCCACAACUUCCUCAGCCUGGAGAAACCAAGAACAGUACCAAUCCCAGAAAGGACCAUGUACAUUGGACAGAAAAACAGAUGGAGCAUAUAGAAGCAUUAACCUAAAACCUAAUGUAAACAGUCCUGUUGAUGAACUUCUUAAACCCAACCUGAAAAAGAGGAAAGAAAUGGAUGAUUUAGCUGUGGAAAAUGAGGUGUUAGAACACUUACAUCAGGGGACAGAACAAGAACAAGAAAUUGAAGUUGGAAUUCAAGGGCCAGUCAGUGAAAUCAGUUUAGGAAAAAAACUGAGACUGGAUAUAAGAAAAAAUGACUCUGAGGAUAAUAAACCAAUUGAAGAGAGUUGCAAAGUAGCUCAAGAAAAUAAACUAGGGAAGAAAUGUGAGGUCAAGCAAGAAACACUUUCUUCUGUAAAAGAACAGAAUGACAAACUUCAAGAUGGUGGUGAGAUGCUUCCCAAGAAGCUUUUAUUGACUGAAUUUAGAUCACUGGUGGUUAGUCACCCUGGAUCCAGAAAUACAUCAAUUAUAAGAAAUGAUUAUGGAGAGCUAAACAACUUCAAGAAAUUCAAAAAGGUAGCUUAUCCUGGGUCAGGAAAACUUCCGUGCAUCAUUGGAGGCUCUGACCUAAUAGCUCAUCAUGCUAGAAAGAAUGCGGAAUUAGAAGAGUGGUUAAGACAAGAAAUAGAGGUACAGAACAAACAUGCAAAAGAAGAAUCACUUGCUGAUGAUCUCUUUCGAUAUAAUCCUAAUGUAAGAAAGAGAAGAUAACUGAAGAGUUAAAUAAUGAAGCAAUUAUGUGGCAGGCAUUUACGUGAAUGUUUACAAGGUUAUAUUAUAAUAUAUAGAAGAGAUUUCAAUAGCAGAUGUUUUAUAACUUAGAUUCAUCAUUAAAUAAAAUACAAAAAAAAUAUGCUUUUUUUCAUGUGGGAUAGUUUGUUUUAGUUUCACAUCUUUCAUUAACUUUUUUUUCCCCCAGAGGUGACAGUUGUCAAUUCAGCAGUUAUGGUGAUCUCUUUGAUCAGCUAUGGGUGCCAGCCUUAAACUUUUUCUCGUUGAUUCCAGUUUUCAAGGUGUAAGCUCUGUUACCUUGCCUACCUAUCCUAUCAAGUUUCUUGGAAACAAAAACAUCUCAUGAGGAAGAUAAAAUUCAAAUUAGUGGUAUGUUUGUGUCCUGCUUAAACUGAAAAAUAAGAGGCUUACUAGAAUUGAUGAUAGAAAUAAAUUUUAGAACAGAAAGGUACAUCUAGACAUUAUGUAAUCCAGUCUCUUACUUUUAAAAAUGAAGAAACUGACACAGAAUUAGUCGCUCACACAAUGCAGGAGUCCUAACUUCAAGUCCAAUGUUCUUUUACUAUGUUUUGGGGUUUCUUUUUUUUUUAAUUCUAAUUCAUUUCAACUCAUAGUCGAUGAUUUGGCUAGUCGUAUACUGUCCACAUUUAAAGUUCUAUUUGAGUAGCUCUUAUUAUAUACCACAUUACCCAGUUGACUUUCCCAGAUACCUAAGACUUAUUUGUCAUGGAUCUUUGUUUUUAUUGUCUCUAAUCAAUUACCACUUCCUUAUAAUAUCCCCUGAAAUUAUAUUUAGUUUAGGAAGCAAAAAGAAGGGUGUGUCUGUGCAUUUAGGUAUCUUAUAACUGGGAGUCUGCUUAUGAAUUGACUUAUUUUAAAGUCUAAAUAUGAGCCUAUAGUAAUGAUUAUUCUGUGUUUAUGAAGGUGUUUAGAAUUUGGUUUUCUUUAUCAAUAAUACUUCAGUAUUUGACUAGAUAGUUUAUCUCAUUACUGUGAGUAUUCCCUCCUGUGAUACAUAUACCAUCUGACCCAUUCAUGCCUCUUCAACCUGUGUGGCCUUAUCCAUGCCCUUCCAUAAAUUCACCACUGGAGUGAAUUUUUACCCAAUAUGCUAGAAACCUUCCUAAUGUUCUCUUGAUGUAGCAAGAUACCAGCAGAGCAUGUUUUUCUAUUGUAUAUCCUAUUCUCCUUGUGGGUAUAGCUCAUGUUUUUUAUUCAUACUUUUAUGACAUCAUUUGCACCACUUCUUUGCAAUUUUUUGCUAGUUUAGGUACUAUUUUAUAGACUUUGAGGACCUUUGCCUUCAUCAAAUUACAUGUCAUAAAAUAUCAGCGUACCAGUUCUGGGAGGUGUGCAUCAUUCUUCAUUCAUAAACUUGGUUUUUCCUCAAAAAAUGUAGGAUGCUUUAUAAACAGUUUCUAGUAGGUCAUCUAAAUUCAGGAAUUUAGCCUGAAAUGAAAAAAUACUAGCCUUUGUGUCAGUCAAGUGUUUCUACGUUGGAUUUUUCUUUUUUCCAUUUUCAAUAUCAGCCUGUCAUUAAGGGACUUGCUGCCCUGUGAUUUGUGUAAUGGGCCUUAGAAAGAGCUGGAAGUUACCCUAGAAAGGAAAAGGAAAAGAAUGAGACUUAAAAAAAGUUGUGAUGAUUUUCAUAUGAAAAAGUAAAUUUUAAAAUGUCUUAGAGCUACAGUUGACUUCAGGAAGUGGAAAUGAAAAGAGUUGGGGAUUGAUUCUACCUUGGAAUAUAGGCAUUUGCUGUCUUAGAGCUCUAGUGCUUUCAUGAAUGGUCAUUGUGCAUCAGAAUCUUAGUAAAGGUAAAAUAGUUGUACACAAAUAAGUUGGUGUAAUUUUAAUUUAUUUUUUUCAAAGCUGGUUAUCAAUCUUGGUUGCUUUGUACAUAGUUAUGUAAUUAUAACAUUUAGAAAAAUCAGAUUCCCCAAAUGAUAGUAGAAAUUAAAAGGCUGUAAGUGGACUUUUAUGUUAGAAUGUCUCUUUUUAAGUUGUCUUGUAAUAGUAAUGGAAGAGUGACUCUGGGUAAUACACCAGAAUUCACUUAGUUGAACAUCGAAGUAAUUUCUAAAGGCUCAACAUUCAUAAAUUUGAACCCAUAUUUUGUAGUCUUCUAAACUUCCAUCAUAAUCAUUUGAAGCUUAAAUUAUUUAUGGCUGAUCUCAGUGGGGUUUGAAAAAUGCACGAAACUUUGUCCUCUAGUAAAUUAGCCAGAGAAGAUUGUAACAUGGCAGAACAUAAGUAGAUUUGUUCUAACUUAUUACCUAUUGACUUAGCUUUUCUUCUGAGGCCUCAAAUUAUAUCUCUGUGCUCCCAUAGGGGCCCAUUAUAUAAUUUUGUGAUUAAUUUACAUUAGUCUGAACCAUGUUAAAAGCAUAUACUGUAAUUGCUUAAAUUACAUCCUGUUGGGGAAAUGAACCUAUAAUAACAUGCAAUUUGUUAUUAAUAACUUUUACAAAAUGUGAUCUUUUCAUAUAUCUUUUUCUUUUAUUAGGUAAACCUAAUAAAAAAUUCCGUGCUGUACCACAAAA